AUGUCAGGUAUCGCAAUAACUCGUUUAUCUGAAGAGCGUAAAGGUUGGAGAAAAGAUCAUCCUUUUGUAAGUGGCAUAUUUAUUUAAUGUACUUUACAAAUGUACAGUUAAAGUACCAUCAAACUCAAAAAAUCAAUAAUUAUAUAAUUAACAUAAUAAAUAGAAUACAGUUUAACUACCAUAAUAAUACAACUAAAAUUAGUUUGUGACUUUCCGUUCACUAGUUAUGGUGAUUUUUAACAAUGCUUGUGACGUCAUGGAUUCAUUCCCUGUGGUGGCGGCUGUAUAUAAUGCACGGCAAUAUUUAUCCAUUUUUGGUUUAAUGUUAAGUAAGUGGUAAUGAUAUCAUUUUUUUUUUGAAUAACCUAAUCGAAUGUAUUUAAUAGUACCUCAUAAUCUUUCUAUUUAUAUAAUUAUAUCAUAUUUUGGUUCAAUAUUUAUAAAAAAAAUAAUUAUUAUAUUGUAAUACACCACUGUCAUAAGAGUGCUUAUUAUAUUCUGUGCUGCUAUGCGUUUAUUUUUAAUUUUGUAUAAUUUUAUAUUAUCGAUGUAUGUUUUUCAUAACUGUAUUAUAAAUAAAAAUGAUUAAUUGAAGUUGGAGCAUUAGUUCUGAAAGCUUGACAAGGUAAAUUAAAAUCAAGUGUUGUAGAAAUAGAAUUAGCUAAAAGAAGAGCUCUAGGGAGGAAUGAGUUUGUACCAAUGUUUUACAAAAUGGAAUCGUAAAUAAAUCUGUACUACCAGUUUGUUUAUGAGGAAUCCAGAAAUUAAUUAGAGCUAAGAUAUCAGGACAGAUAACUAAACCGUUAAAGAUGAAAAAUGAAAAUAAUAUCUGCUAAUUUAAUGUAUGCCUUAUAACAAGAUUAUGAACACCUAAAGAUUCUUGAAAAUAUAUUAAGAAAUAUUUAGGUAAAGAAAAACCUGAGACAUGGGCUAUGUUUAAAAAACUUAUAUUGGAUAUAUUGUGUCUAAAUCACUAUUGUAAGUUGAAUAAUCAUAUGACCAGAUAAGAGGGCCAAAUUUGAGAUGUGAUAUUAUUAAAGAAUUAUAGAGAGUUUUUUUUAAACAGUAAUAUUUCUAAAAUAAUUUGUAUUUCCAUUAAUAAAACCAAGCAUCCUGUAAAACUUAUUAACAAUUGUUUUAAGAUUUAUUUUAAAGCUAAGGUUAUUUUCAAAACAUUCCUAGAUUAGAGUUGACAUUUGAUAGUGGGAAAUCAUUGAUGCAUAAUAUUGAAAAACGGAGGAAUUAAUUUUAGGGGUAAAGGAUAUUAUUUUGGAUUCAUUGAUAAUAAGAGAAAAUAUUGUUUUCACUCCAAAGAACAAAUAAAUUUAUUUAAGUUGGCUUGUAAAAUUUGUUGAUUAUUGACCAAUUGGAUAUUACAAAAUAGUUUUGCAUCACCAAAUAAUAAUAUAUUAAUUGAUGGUUUAAGAAAUAGAGGUAGAUUGUUUAUAAAUAUUGAUAAUAAUUAAGGUCCCAAGUGAGAAAUUUAAAGGACACCUGAUAAAACGGAAAUCGGUAGAAAGAUGAGAUAAUAUUUUGAUAGCUUGUUUGCGAUUAGUGAGGAAAGAGAAAAACCCUUCUAGGAAAUGUCCACCUAUUCCGAAAGAUUUUAAUUUAUGGUACGACAAUAUAUAAUAAACUUUUUUAAAGUCUGUAUAAAUUUAAUCGACCUGAUCUUCAUCUAAAGCACUUACUAAGAAAUUACGGUAUGUUAUUAAAUUAAUAAAAAUUGAAUGUUUUGCUAAAAAAAAUAUGUUAUGUAGGACUUGUAUAAUAAGUUAUUAAAUUUGAUAAUUUUAUUGGUCUGUAAUUUCUAACAUUAUUUCUAUCGCUGGAUUUUUAAAUAUUACUGAUAAAAGAUUGUUUCCAAACAUUUAGAAAUACACCAAUGGAAAGAAAAAAAAUUAAAUAAAGUUAGUUAAUUAUAAUACCUUCGAAAAUAUAUAUACAGAAUUUAAAAUAAGGUCAUGAUCAAUAAUGUGUAUUUCACCCAAAUUAUAAGUAAAAUUAUUUUUGGUAUAAAUAGAUGACAAUUAAUUAGAAAAUAAUUGAGUAAAAUCAUUUAAAUGAUUAACUGUUAAAUCAUCUGAGGAAUAUUAGAUAUGUUUUUUUUUUUUUUUAGUGAUUUAAUAUUAUUUUCAAUUUUUAAUAUGUAAUUUGAGUGAAUUAAAUUGUUAUUCGGUUGAUUAUAUAGUUGUUUAUAUUUUUACGUAAUUUAGAAAAAUGUAAAUAAUUUUAGUGAAAGUUUGAUGUUUUAUACUUUUUGAGCGUAUGUUUUUUUAUAUUUAAUUAAAUGUCUUAAAUCAUAAUUAGACUAUAGUAGAGAAUCAUGGAAAUUAUUAUUAAAUUUUAUUUUUGGAACAAAAAUUUUACAAUUAUGAUUUAAGAUUAAACAAAAUUUUUGGACUUCAUUGUCAAGUUCUAAAUAUUUUAUAUUAGAAAUGAUAUCAAUUUUUUAAAAAUGUAAUAAUUUCCAUAUAAUUACAAGAAUUAUAAUUGAAGAAUUUAGAUCUGAUGGACUCGAUUAAAAUUGUGAUAUAAUAAUACAAACAGAAAGAUUAUGAUUUUAUUAUGAAGUAGUUUUAAAUUCAUUUGAUUAGGUCAUUUAAAAAAAAAAAGUUUAUUAGCAGUUAUUUUAUGUUAAACUAAAAAUGCAUUGGCGCUCAGUAUAUUUUUCACAAGGGUGUUGAAAAUAUAAAUAUCGUAAGUAAUCCCCUGGUCAAAUAUGAGUUAACACGUUAACUGUGGCUUGUGUGACUCCCCUGUGAGGAACUUUUAUUACCUUUAUUACGAGAAUCGUUAUCAAUAUUAUAAACAUUUAACAGUGUAAGAGAUCUCAUUUACGGAAGGUGCAAAAACAAAUACUUGUUAGUGCCUGGUAUUAUUGGGAGAGAUGAGAAUAUUAUAACAAUGUGUCGACGUCUGCUGCAGAAAACGAAUAUGUUUUGUCAUAUUAUAUAUAUGGCCACUGCCGCGAUAUACAAAAUGUUAAAUAUCAUCGUAAUUAGUGAACGGAUAGUCACAAACUAAUUUUUAUCAUUAUGCUUGUUCAACUGUAUUCUAUUGAUUAUGGUAAUAAAAUAAUUAUUGAUUUUUUGAGUUUGAUGGUACUUAAACUGUUUUUUACACGAGAUAAACUAUUAUAAUAAAUAGUAGUGUUUAUUUGUCUUUGCGCUAUCUAUAGUCGAAUCUAUUGUAGCACAGGUAUCUGAAAAUGUUCAUACAUUAUUGUAUGCGUUUUAUGAUUCAUUUGCUCUUUAAAGCCGGAUUUCUGAAGAUCUACUCCAUUACAUCCUGGCUCAAACAGGGUUUUUGAUUUUUCUUGCCAUUAUUUGUUGGAUAUAGAUAAACAAGUACAAUAAAUAAUAAAAUCAAUUAUAAUUAGUUAAUUUAGUUUCUCUGAGCAAUGAAGUAUAACAGUUAGUUGUGAUAAGCGUGGGGGUUGAAAAGGGGCGUAUGUUGAUUGUGUAAAGUUAAAAAGUCGUUAAAAAUUAAAAUUGUCUGAGAGCAAAAACUAUAUUCAUUUUUUUUUUGUAUAUUAAUAUUCAAUUUAUAAAACAUUUAAUUUUAAGGCAUUUACUUAUCUGUAUUUUGUGGCAUUUAAAGUUGAUCAAUUUCUGUCUGUAAUGAACGCCAAAUCUUUACUAAAUGACACAUUAAUCAAGUUUAUCAUGAUUUUUACUAUUUGUAUUGCUGGGUCCACAUAGAGACUACAAGAUUAAAACAAAAUAGAAACUGUGUUUUUUGACAAAAUCAAAACAUUUUAAAUACAAUUGUGUUUUUUCCAACAAAUUGUUUCUGUUUUUAAAAACAGUCAUGUCCCAAGUGGUGUCGGUAAACAUCAAAAAGUUUUGGUUUUGUUGUUGUUUUUGUGAACAUUGUCAAACGUGUGUGAACAAUGUUUUUAAAACAAACAACAGAUAAUAGUUAUCGGGAUUUCGUGCGCAGUACCAAUUUGGUUAUUUAUAAAAAUAUAUUUAUUAUAUAAUUAUAAAUUCAUUGUCUACCAUUUAGUAUCAUUUGGUACCAAUAUCAUCAUCUUGUAUAUUAUUUAGAAGCUCAUUGAUACCAAACAAAUUUCGUUUUUGUAAAGUUGGUCUUACCCAAUAACGUCUUUUAAUCUUAUUAUUUUUUUUAUUUUGUAACUGGGAGGUAAAUUUACACAGCACCCAAUAUAAGUAAAUCUUCAUUAUAUUCAAUAUUCCUUUUCAAUUUCCACAUUGUCACUUGUAGUAAAAAAAAAUUAAAAAACUUAUAAGUACGAAGUGUUCAGAGAGCUAGAUCUCUGAAGACAUACUGAAUGAUCACAAAUAGACAAAAUAAAACCUGUUGUUUUUUCACCAUUGAUAUAUUAAAUUUAUUUUUAUUGAUUAUAGUUAAAGAAAGGAUUUUUUAAUACGAAAUAUGCUUUUAGAUUAUCAAAAAAAUUAUGAAUUGGCAUGGCAAAAGAGCUGGUAUAAUUAAAGUAGGAGAUAUUUUUUAAAAUAUUCCUAAAUUGUUUAUAUAUGAAUGAUGUGUGAUAUUACAAGGUGUAAUGUCAACCACAUGGUUCAUUGUGCAUAUUAUUCCAAAUUGAUAACUUCAUAAUAUUUUAGUUUUUAGUUUUUAGUUUUAGUUAUACAUUUAUUAGGUUCUAAUUAUGCACAUUUUUGUUGUAGGGUUUUGUUGCUAAACCAGCAAAGAAUCCAGAUGGUUCAUUGAACCUUAUGAUUUGGGAAUGUUAUAUACCCGGAAGAAAGUCUGUAAGUAUAUAUUAAAUUUCUUUUUUGAUUAAUAUAGGUCAGAAUUGUUUAUGAUGCAUAAGUUUAUUAAGAGAAAUGUAUGAAUGCAUACUACACAAAUGCAUAUACAUGUGCUCCAUCUAUUUAAAAGCAAGGUAUGGAUUUUGCGAAAAUCUACUAAACUAUGAAAUGAGUUAAAUCUAUAAGCUUAUAGGCUUAUAAAUAAUAAGCUUAUAAGGUUCUUUGUGUUUGCUUCCAUUUCUAUCCUGUCACAUGUUGAUUUUUCACCCACAACAUCAAACAUAGUCACAUCUUGUAGUUUAUUUUGAAAUUUAAAUGGGUUUGUUGGUAAAGUUUAAAAUUUAAUAUAUAUGACUUUUAUGUAAUUUUAGUUUCUGAGUGGAGAGAAGAAGCUUAUGGUUUACAAUGAUCUGUGAACAACUUUUCUACCAGAAAUAUUUCUCUAAUUUACAAUGAUAGCACUUUUUUUGAAAAAAAAAUUUGACUGGGAAGAUACUUUGGAGAAGUCAUAUUUUGAUUUUCUCAGGAGUUUUCCCAAUAGAUAGGAAAACCGGGAUACCGGGAAAUAGGUACAAUAUUAAACAAAUAUUAUUAAAGACAAUUUUUGAUGCAUAUGCAAUUGUUUAUUUUACCAUAAUAUGACAUAUUGUUAUCAAAGCAACACUAUCAACUAAACUUCGCCCAGAAUCGUUUUUUGUUCGCAAUGGUUAAUCGUUGCUUAAAGAUAUACAUUAAAUUUCCGCCUGUAUCCUACCUUCUCAACUUCCCACCUACAACAGUGGCUGCAUCCACAUGUUAAGUAUGUUCAUCUUUUAUAAGUUUAUUGUAAUGUGGUAAAUAGUUAAAGAUAUUCUGAAUCAAAUGUUUUUGUUGGGUGUGAAAUAUUUACAUAUUAAAUUUAAUUAAUUUUUUAUUUUUAGAUAUUACAGAAUAACUUAUACAAUUUAAGUAUAUCAUGUGAAUUAUUAUUUUUAGACGGCUUGGGAAGGUGGUAUGUAUUUUUUGCGUAUGAUCUUCAAAGACGAUUAUCCAUCCAGUCCACCCAAGUGCAAAUUUGAACCUCCAUUAUUCCACCCCAAUGUGUACCCAUCUGGUAAAUAAUAACAAUAGAAUUUAUGUAAUAUAAUAUUUUUAAAUUGAGUUAAUUCCAAUGGUGUUUGUUGUUUAUGAUGAAAGGUACUGUUUGCUUAUCGUUGUUGGAUGAAGAAAAGGAUUGGCGUCCAGCUAUUACUAUCAAACAGAUAUUAUUAGGUAUUCAAGACCUAUUAAAUGAGCCUAAUAUCAAAGACCCUGCACAAGCUGAAGCAUAUACUAUUUAUUGGUAAUUAAAUUUUAUUUAUUAUUUAACACAAUGAUUUUACAUUUGUGUCGGGAAUUAUAUUGAGAAAUAGAAGAUUAAAAUUUAAUUUGAUAUACUCAAUUUGAACAUCUUAAAAAUGAACUUUCUCAUUUUUUCAUUGAAUAAGUAUUGUUGUAUACUCCUUUACUAUGGGUUGUGUUCUAUCCAAACUGAAGUAAUCAAAAGACCAUCAAACUAACCAGUUUCAGUUAGACCACCCAGAGUUUAUAGAACUAUAAAUUAAUUGGUUUUGCAUUGAACUCUGAAUAAAAAAAAAGUAUUGUGAUUACUCAUAAAUAAAAUUAGGAUAUACGCAAUAAAGUCCUUUUUAUUUAAAACUAACAGAAUAUUAUGUUCGCCUCUCUAGUCAGCUCACCUGUACGUAUUUAGGCCAAAUUGUCUCUCACUCCUUUUCUCACAUCUUCGGCUUUUUAAAUAUCAUUUACAAUUUGUUGGCUCAGCUUAUUUGCUUCACUGGCCCACUUCCUAAUAUUGAUGUUUAAACUUAUAUGCAAUUUUUCGCAUGUUGUGUGUGUUGGAAUAAUAUAAUACAGUAUAUAACCAUAUAAUAUAUUGUCAAUUUUAACAUUAGUCCUUACAUUUUAUGUUUAAAUUAUUAGUGCAUCAUUAGCCUCAAUUUGUAUAUUAUAUUAUAUACAAUAUAGAUCCCAAACUAGCAAUUUUAGGACAUAACACAUUUUGAUGUAAAUUAGGACUAUAUAUCUAUUCAUUAAAAUAAAUGUAUUCUAGGGGAUAUGCUAUAUAAGUUUAUAUACUUCUCUUUUGAUUAUAAUAUUAUUAAUUUCAUAUUGUUUGUUUUUUUUUUUUUUUUUUUUUUUUUAAUGCAGUCAAAAUCGCGUAGAAUAUGACAAACGUGUUAGAGCGCAAGCAAAAGCAAUGUCCAGACCUGAAUAA